UCGAAGACGCGUAUAUGCAUGUUUCUUUCGGGUUGCAUCUUACAUAAUCGAUGUUCACUCGCGAACGAUCUAUCGAGUUCAAGCCGUGCCCAUGUCCUUCCUAACUUUCCAGUUCACACGCGCACAUUCUUCCAAGCCAUGACUACGUUGUCAAUGGUGGUAACGACGCCGUGCCGGAUAGACCAACGUGGGGUGGUAACGACGGUUUAG